CGGCGUGCAGACCGGAAGCUCCCAGAGUGGGCGCAUGGUCUGCGCCUCUGUCUGCCGGAACUUUGGGGGCGGGCUCGUCGCUGAGCGGGGCUGCGCGCAAGGCUACCUGGGUAGGGGCCAAGAUGGCUCCUCAGAGGCUUCUAUCGGGACAGUUCGCUUUGGCAUCUCCUUGAGGGCCACGCCUGGUCCACAUUCUCGGGCUCACUUGAUUUGCUGUUGAGAGGAGCAGACUAGAGCAAUGGCAGGGGCCCUCUCUUGGAGACCUGGUAAGGGCCUAUGGGUCUGGAUGACUUUGGGCUGCAGAAACUUCUCUCUGGGUGUUCCAGAAUUGUCCCGUAUAAGGCUCACCCUGCCGCCUCCCAAAGUGGUUGAUCGUUGGAACGAGAAGAGGGCCAUGUUUGGAGUAUAUGACAAUAUCGGGAUCCUGGGAAAUUUUGAAAAACAUCCCAAAGAUCUGAUCAGGGGCCCCAUAUGGCUUCGAGGGUGGAAGGGAAAUGAACUGCAGCGUUGUAUCCGAAAGAAGAAAAUGGUUGGAAAUAGAAUGUUCAUUGAUGACUUGCACAACCUUAACAAACGUAUCAACUAUCUCUACAAACACUUUAAUCGUCAUGGGAAGUACCGGUAGAAGAAAAAUCUGGGCUCUGUAAGAGGCACAUCUGUCUCCUUGGAGAGGGGAAUGGGACUUUCCCUAUGAGAAAAGGGUUUUGUAUGCUUACUAAUAAAAUGAGGCUGUGGAAUCUGAUAUCCACUCUA